AUGGAUCCCGAGGUGGUCACUGGCAGAUCGCGUAUUGCUAUCCUCGGUGCUGGAAGCGUGGGCUCAGCAAUAGCACUCUGCCUUAUCUUGAACCCAGUUGCAAGCGAGAUUCUUCUGGUUGACCCGAAUACCAAACAACGAGAUGCGCAAGUCAGAGACCUCGAAGAUACCACCACUUACCAUGGCGCUGUUGGUGGCGGCGGAGUCAGAAUACGGUCUGCAACACACAGGGAGGCUGGACAAUGCGAUAUCGUGGUCAUCAGCGCGGGUGCAAAACAGAGACAAGGCGAAUCACGGACCGAUUUACUGGGUCGUAACCUCGCAAUUCUGAAGUCUGCUACAGAUGAUAUGAAACCAUUCCGCGAGGACACAGUCAUUCUUCUCGUGGCAAAUCCUGUGGACAUACUAACCUACUUCUGCCAGAGGUUCUCCGGGCUACCUCAAGGUCAGAUCAUCGGCAGCGGGACUUUCCUCGACACUGCAAGACUGAGAGGCAUCCUGGCUGCAAAGCUGGGAGUCGACGCAGGCAGCGUCGAUGCCUAUGUCCUUGGUGAACAUGGAGAAUCACAGAUGGUUGCUUGGUCUUGCGUCACCAUCGGUGCCGUGCCGCUGGAUCAUUGUCUGCCACCAGGAGCGUUCAUUGACCGCAAGGCCGUUGCGUUGGAGACAAAAGACAAGGCGGCAAAGAUCAUUGAGGCCAAAGGGGCGACAGCUUACGGCAUCGGCGCUCUGAGCGCGGCUAUCUGCAAAUCGAUUCUAUUUGAUCAACGAAAUGUUCGUCCCAUUUCUCACUGGGUUGACCAGCUAGGAUGCUGCUUGAGUUUACCGGUCGUCCUAGGACGACGGGGAAUAGUCAGAUCCCUCAGCAUCCCCCUGAAUCAAGAGGAGAGGAUGCUUCUGGUCAAGAGUGCCGACGCCUUGAAAAAGCUGAUUCAAGAAGCGGAAGCGACUCAGCUGUAG